AACGACACGGUGCGUUUUGGUGUCGACUCUAUUAUUCUGGCUACUGCUGGAGCCACACCUCACUCUCCUCAAAACCCCCGAUCAAAACCCUAACGGCCACCGGAGCUCCGAAAUGCCGGGUAUGAAUUCCGAUUCCGGCAACGGUGGAGAACUAGUUCCGUUUUCGACUAAGGAGAAAUCACCGGCGGUGUAUCCUCUUCGCUACGGCCUCAAGUCUCGGGUUCACAGGCUCUCCAUCUCCUGGGGGUGCGGGAACAACCUACGCGUCACGGUUCUACGUAACCCGGAGUCACUCGACGACGAAGAAGCUGGCGGUGAGGUGGUUAACGUGAGGCUCAGCGGCGGCGAGGACGGCGAGAUCGGCGACGCGCAGUGGCGGAGGAUCGCUUACGGAUCCGUCUCUCCGUUUGCGCUUUUGCAGAGCAGGAGGAACUCGAUUUCGAGCUUGUUUAAGAUGGAUACGAGUCCUUCGCUGUACCAGACUUCGUGGUGGGAGUACGUAAUGGAGUACAGCAGGGAGAUUAAAUCUCUCCUUAGUGAUUCAGUGUCUUCCCCUGCUCCUUUGAUUGAAGACCCUAAAUCAGUUAUACAGAGUGCUGAGGAACCGACUUCUUUAAAGGCUGCGUGGGAGUUGAUGGAAAUGUUUUAUGCUGACAAGACGUGUCUGUCUUGGUUGCCAGAACGGCUUGUUGAUUGGCUAUCUGAUUAUGAUGUACUCCUUUCAAGCUCACAUCCAACUAUCUACUCAAAACUCGAGGAUUUCCAAAUGGAACUUGUUGGCCUACAGGCUAUCGAGGAUGAUCCAAGAUACUGGGAAGUGAUGUCAUCUGCUUUAUCAGUUGGUUGGCUAGAAAUAGUGGUGAAGUUGUUAUACUUACAUGGUUCUUAUCAACUAGACCAGCUAGGAAAUCGUGAGACAGAAAAUGGACUUGUAGAAGCUGUCGCUGUUCUCAUUUCAAAAAUGCCACGGAUGCGUCCAAAACUAGAAGCUGGGAUAUUUGGUGAAUGCUUUGCAGCGAAGCCUGAUUUUAUGAAGACACGAGAGAGAUGGCAGUCUCAGAUAACUAAACUAGAGUGCAGUGCCUUCUGGGUUCAAUGUGCUCACCAUCAGACCCGCGAGGGCUUGAGAAAUAUGUUGAAGAUCAUGAUGGGAAAUGCCGAUUGCCUCUCAGCUGCGACAUCUAACUGGAUGGAGCUUUUUGUUUCUCAUUUUAUCUAUCUCAGGCCAUUCACGAAGGGACUAGAAGGCAUGCAUAAUCUUGCUCAGAAAUGUGUUCAGUCAAAGCCAACUAACACUUCCCAUAAGCUUCUGAGACUGCUUAUUGGAAUUCUUGGAGAUAAUACUGAGGUUGUGCUGGCAGUGUGUUCCAAAGAGUUUGGCUCCUGGAUGGUUGCACAUGCCAUGGAGUUAUUGACAGCUGGAAGCGAAGAAGGAGAAUUUCUUGUACAUGAGGAGCAGCGAAACUUGGGUGGAAUCAACAUGGAAGAGCUCCAUAGACUUGUUUAUGCUCAAGUUCUUUCUACACAUGCUUUGACUUGGCAGAUAGCUCCUGUUUAUCUAUCAUCCUGCGUGAAACAGGGAUUAGGCUUAUUAGAAUUGUUGUUCUAUAGGCAGCCAGUUCAAGAGAAUCAGUUGCUUAUUAAGAGCCUAGAGAUUUGCCGUCUAUAUGAACUUAGUUAUGUCAGCGCUAAACUUAUGAAGAUCUCUGGAGUGCAUCACUGGAAACAUGGGAGAAAAGGAUCUGGGAUUUUUUGGCUUCAGCAAGCCCGGGAUGAGCACUGUCUCAAAGUGAUUUCUCAACAGCUGUUUGAUUCUGUUGGAAAGUCAUUGUCUGAUGAAAGUCUCAAGCAAUGGGAAGGCCUGGUCGAACUUCUGGGUUCCGACUCGCAGAUCUCUGGUGGUCUUGAUUUUCUUCACAAGUAUAGAGAUUUCAAGAGAUCAUUGAAGCUAGUCCAUGAUGGAAAAGCUAUAGAUGCGGCUCACGAGGCUGUGGAGAGACUUGUAUCGCUUAUGAAGAGCCCCUCUACUCCUCAACGCUUCUGGCUUCCUCUUCUGCAUGAUUCAUUGAAGCUGUUGAAUUGGCCAGAGCGUUCUCUGUUGAAUGUAGCACAGACAAACCUGAUGUUGAACAAACUACAGGAAGCAUCAAUGGCAAGGAUAAGACCAGGCUUCAUAGAAUCUGACUUGUCUGCUCAAGCUGUUGGAUCUGUGAGACUUGCUCUAGCAACCAAUCUGGGACGUGCUUUUUUGGAGGAAUGUUAGAGCAUCAUUAUCCUAAAACUCCAUUUAGGGGUUCUUAUUUUUAUUAAUACUUUUAAUUAGUAAAAAUGAAUUAAGAGACAAGAAUAAGAAACCCAUACAUUUAUGUGAUCCAAUGCAAGUAUCUUAUUAAAGGUUCUUUAAAAAAUAUU